AUGCGAGACGGCGUUCCGAGCACGCUUGACAGCGCGAUCGGUCAUCUGAGCCGAGGGGCGUUGAACGCCGUCGACGCCGUCGCGCGGACGAGGAGGAGGGUGCCAGAGUACCACGGCCGCUCCGGGGCCCUGCAGCGCGCACAAGACGUCCGGGCGACGCGUGGUCAAAGGGAGAGCGUCGGCCCGUCGGAAAACAGGAACGUUUUCGAGAUUAUCCGGCAGAGCGGCCAGGCCACGUACUUUGCACGGCUCUUGGAGUCGCACACCCGGCUUCGGGACAUGCUCGACGACGGCGACGACGGCGACGGCGACGAGGCGGGGGUCUUUACGGUCUUGGUGCCGACCGACGCCGCGUUUCGCGAGCUCGAGGGCUUCGAGAGGAGCGAGGGGGCGCUGCUGGGGGCGAUGCUCGAGUACCACGUCCUCGAGGGGCGGCACUCGGCCGACGAGCUGGGCGAGGCGGGCAGGACGUUGCCGACCGUCCUCGCGGAGGGCGAGCUCGGCGGACGGCGACAGAGGGUGAGGGUCGCCGCGGGAAGGGCCGGAGCCGAGGUGAACUUUCACGGACGGGUCGUCGGUUCCGAAUCUACUGGGAGGAACGGGGUCAUCCACUUCAUCGACAGCGUUCUGGUGCCCCCGCCGCGGUGCGCCGCGCUCGUCGGCUCGCUGGCCGGGCGACUGGGGACGUUUGCGCGGGCGUUGCGGGAGACCGGGGUAGCCGAGGAGAUGCGCGGGCGCGGGCGGGGGUUGACGCUCUUGGUGCCGUCGGACGAGGCGUGGCAUGAGCUGGGCGCGGAGACGCGGGGAUUCCUGUUUUCCCGGGCGGGAAGGGCGCAUCUGAGGGCGCUGGUGCGGUACCACGUCGCUGAGGAGGUGCUGUACACGGACGAAGGAGGGGAGAGACGCCAGCGGCGGGUCGGGACGCUGCUCGGGGUAGAGGACGUUUCGAUCGACUUUGGCGGGCGGGACGGGUCGCGGACGGCGAGGGUGAACGGGGUGGCGGUCUCGGUGGGGGACGUGCCGGCGCGGGACGGGGUCGUGCAUGUGCUGGACGGGGUGCUUCUCCCGCCGGCCCGGGGGACGGGGGACGGGGGCGAGGCCGGGGGUGAAGGCCGAAUCAGCGUGCAGGGGCUUAAGAGGCGGCUGGGCCGGUAUGUGGAGGGCGGAGAUGGAACCGAGACUGAGGAGCUGUAG